AUGGGAGAAAGAACCAGUGAGAGCCAGAGAGAGAGAGAGACAGCAAAAUGCAACCUGGAAGAUCCAUUGGCAAGGUACAGAAUACUUUCCUUUUUCCCUUGUUUUUAAUAAUGUGAUUAUUAAUUGUCUAAUACAAUUUUUUUCCCCUUGUAUCUUUGUUCCCCUUUGUUUCCUGUAACUUUCUUCGUUCCCUUUGUUUCCUGUAACUUUCUUUGUUCCCUUGUUUUUAAUAAUGUGAUUAUUAAUUGUCUAAUACAAUUUUGUUUUUGGGGGGGAGAGGGGGGGUGUAAUGCAGAUAGAGUCACAUCUAGUGUUUGUUAUCAGGGACCCCCAAAUCCUGCAGAGAACAUCUGCUGGCAAGGUACAGUACAGAAUACUGUAUUGUCAUUGUUCCAUUGUGUUGCAUAAUGAAAAUCUACAUUAAUUGUAAUUUUUAUACUGUUUUACAGAUGUCUGAAGAGCAGGCUAAGGGCAAGCGCCAGAGUAUUCCUCUGGAUGUCAAGAUUCAAGCGCUGGAUCGCCUGGAUAAAGGAGAGCGCCAGGUGGAUAUCGGGGCAGAUCUCCAUUUGCCUACCUCCACUAUCCGCACUAUCCUCAAAAACAAGGAUAAGAUCCACACUUCAGCGACGACCAGCACUGCUUCUUCAGCCAAGAAGAUCACCCGCUCCAGGUCCUACGCUCUUGAGGAGAUGGAGAAGAGGCUUUCCAUAUGGAUAGAUGAUGAGCUGGACCGUAAUAUGCCUCUCAGCCAGGCCACCUUGAUGGAGAAGCCGAAGAGCAUUUAUGCUCACAUACAGAGUCAGGAUCCAGAUGUGAUGGAGAGUUUUGCAGCAAGUAGAGGUUGGUUUGACCACUUUAAGAAAAGGUACAACCUCUACAACCUUAAGAUCACCGGUGAAGCGGCAAGUGAGGACACUGGAGCUGCUGCAGCCUUUCCAGCCUCUUUAAAGGACAUGGUGGAUAGAGGGAGCUAUCCACCAGAGGUUGUCUUUAAUGUGGAUGAGACCGGGCUCUUCUGGAAGUGGAUGCCAAGCCAGGGAGCAGAAGAGAGCACCGGGCUUUAA